GUCCUGUGCGGGUCCUCGAGCCGGAUGUUGACGCUCCUCCGGAGGGUCGGAGCUGCUAACGUCAAACAGCUGCUGCUGCUUCUGUUUUUCCCGUCAACCAGCGUGAAGGUCAACCGUUAGCGCUCACCUCUCCGACCUACCUGUCAGUCCAGACGUCCAGCCAGCAUGUCCAGUGAUCCUCCCCCUCCGUACCCCGGAGGUCCCAGCGCCCCCCUCGUCGAGGAAAAGAAUGGACAGCCUGUAGUCAGGACGGGUCCUCCACAGGGGCAGCCUUUGCCUCCAGAAUACGGCCCUCCACCCUACGAGGCCACCCAGCCAGGCUUCUUACCCCCACACGUCCCUGGAGAAGGACCGAUGCCCAUGCCUAUGCCCAUGCCUCCACCCCCACAAGGCUGGGCGUACCCACCUCCGCCCGGUCACUUCCCUCACCCGAUGCCAGGACAGAUGGGGCCGGGACCCGACCAGUUUGUCCACAUGGGAGGACACACGGCGACCGUCCUGGCCCCGCCGGGAGCAGCCACCACUGUCACGGUGCUGCAGGGGGAAAUGUUCCAGACCUCCCCGGUGCAGACCGUGUGUCCGCACUGUCAGCAGGCAAUCAUCACCCGCAUCUCCCACGACGUCGGCCUCAUGAACACACUCUUCUGCCUCUUCUGCUGCUUUGUCGGGUGUGAUUUGGGCUGCUGCUUGAUUCCCUGUCUGAUCGACGACCUCAAAGAUGUGACACACACCUGCCCGUACUGCAAGGGCUACAUCUACACAUACAAGCGUGUAUGCUAACCACCGACAGCAGUCUGCGACAGAGACAUGUACACACACGCAAAACACACAGAUGCUCACAGCUCCCUCUGCUGGUAGUGACAAGCUUCCCCCCCCUCCCCUUCCCAUUUUUGCAAUGUGUUGUUUCACCCUAAUAAAUUGUAAGUGCAGUUUUCUCAUUAGUUCACAGAAUAGUUACUGUAUAUAACUUUCAGCAUACUUUUGAUGUA